ACGCCUUAACGAUGUGAUACUGCGACAUCAUGCGACCGCCUCGACCACCGGCGAAGGGCUCACUACAGAGAUUAAAGCCGAAUAGGUUGCCAUACCUGGUAGACGGCGACUGAAAUGGCGCAAAUAUGGAGUCGCAACCGAGUCCCGAGCUCUCCUCCACGGCCAUAGCCGACUUAGCGAUGGAUAUGGAGCUAGGCUCACCGGGUCUGGCCCACUCAGUCGUCAGAAAGCGCAGCUGUCGGCUACAUAUGAGUCCGAUGCUGUACGAUGGGAUGGUGGAACUCACAUCGCCUGUGAUUGGGAACAAUUCGGCCAUAAUUUUCGUGAAAUGUCUCCGCGGAAGCGACCUUCAUUGGGGGGCCAAUGGGCACAAGAAGAGGAUGCCGGGAGAAACGGCCAAAGUCCGCUCCGCAAGCCAGCUGGCUUACGAAGCCGACCAAUGGCAAGUUCAUGCACCUUGGGGUGCAUGAACCUUCCAAAGUAGCCGAUAGCGCUAACGUUGUCCAAGUCAGCGGAAACAUGACGAAUAUAAAGAUCGAUUGACCCU